AUGGCCAGCGCAACCGGCAUCCCCGGCAUCCCAGCACCAAAGGCGCCCGCAACGCCCGUCGAGCCUCUCAACACGAAUGCCGCGCGCAUCUACACGCACACCCACCCAAUUCUCGUUCUCUCGCUUUACGCGUUCAAGUUCAAUGACCUCAUCGCCGACCCUGUUUCCACGCUCUUGAGCACGCUGCUCCCCCUCGCAGUGCUGCAGAUAGCAUACGUAGCUGUAUGCCUGCCGCCGACAAGCGGUACAAGCACGCCGGCCCAGUUUAAGAAGCAAAGGCUCGGCGACAAGAAGAAGGCAGCACCUGGCAAGGUCGAGAAGGGCGUCAAUGGGACGAUUGUGCCCGCUUUCCUCUCGCUCCUCCUCACGACUCUGGCUUCUACACCCCUCCUCACCGCCACCCUCGUUCUCUUCGGCGCCCCAGUGACCACGCACCACACGCACACGCUCCUCGCCGGUGCACACAUUGCGGUGCUGGGCACGCUGCCGCUCGUCUACAUCCACGGCGUCAGCGGUGAGACUUGGAGGGAGGCUGUUGCGCUCCUGCUCCCCAUGGACGACGUCUAUGGUGGCUUGAUUGGCACGGUGUUGGGUGCUUGGCUCGGCGCUGUGCCUAUUCCUUUGGACUGGGACCGCGAAUGGCAGAAGUGGCCUGUUACGAUUGUCACGGGCGCGUACAUUGGGUAUGCUGUUGGUAAGCUCUUGGGGGGGACCUUGCUCAAGGGCAAGAAGAUUAUGUUCGAGUGA